AUGAAUCUUCUGGCGUGCCUGGCUUCCUUGUUUGCCUUACUGGUACAAGCAACCUUUGCAAACACAGAAAAGGUCAUUUUCGCUGCACCUGCUGCUGUUGGCUUGCCAGACUCUGGACCGUCACUCAAUGCCCUACAGCUUAGCUCGUUAGGCCCCAACAAGCCAUCUAUACGGACGUCACUUCCAGUUGCAUUCCCCAGCGAAGCCUUGCCGCUAGGUACCGACGCCUGGUACCUACUACGAGGUCUGAACCAACAGCAGCGUUACGAAGUGCGAGCCUGCUGGGUGGCUACUCAACCAACAAACCUGCGCCUCAACAUCUAUAACAUCUCGCAUGUUUUCGAUGAACCUCAGUUGAUCCAGGCUUUGGCAACAUACUCGAAUGCGCAACAGUCUCUCGGAGUCAAACAGGUAUCGUCAUUCGACGGUCAAUCUUCCGAGAGCCUGCUCUUCCUUCGAACUCAGUCGGCGGCGGACUUCUUCACAACGAACCAGUCACUCAUGCAACAGCCACCACUUGUUGAUGUGGAACUGAUACUCGACCCUUACGUGGCGAAUGCGAUUCCCUGGUCACUGGGUUUGACUGCCGUCUAUCUCGCGGCCCUUGCAGUUGGCAGCUGGAGUCUUUCCGGCACCGUGUGGAGACGGCUGUUUAUCAUCGGAAAGCCGCACGCAGAUUGA